AUGUCGACCGUUGAAGAACCCCCCCGAGUCGCGGUGGCGCUCCAGCUGGACUACUUCAUGUCGGCUCAGUUCGCCGGUGUGGCCGUCGCGCUGCGCCGCGGCAUGUACGAGGCGGCGCAGCUCGACGUCACGAUCUUGCCGGAGUGCCCGCCUGGCGCCGAGCCGCAGCGCGUGAUGGCGGCCCAGGCGGCGCAGCCAGACGCGCUGUGCGUCGGAUCGGUCGAGCAGAACGUGCUCGCGCCGUGGGCCGCGGCGGCACCGCCGCCGGGCGGAGGCGUGGUCGCGGUCGGGGCCAUGUUUGGCCGGUCGCCGCUCUGCCUCGCGGCAUUGCCGGCGGCCGCUGUUCCGUGCGGCUCGGCCGAGGCCGUCACGGGCAGCGCGAGGGGCACCAGCGCGCCGAGGGUGGGCGCGCACGAGGACACGACGGAGCUCCUGCGGCGCCUGCUGCCGCACGCCACCGUGGUCGACGUGCCCCGCGUCAGCAAGCUCGGGAUGCUGCGCUCGGGCGAGCUGGACGCGGUGCAGAUCUACGACUGCAUGGAGGCGAUCACGCUGCAGCGCGAGCUUGACCAUGAGGCCACCGGUGCCUCUCUGCGCGUGACGUCCUUCGACGCCCUGCGCGACGGCGGCGACGACGGCGGCGGCGAUGUGGCGCUGGGCUAUGCGCAGACCCUGUUCGCGCCGGCGGCCGUGCUGCGAGAGGGAGACGCGCGGCGCGGUGCGAUGCUGCGCUUCAUGUGCGCCACCUUCGACGGUUGGCGGCUUGCCAUCGCCGACCCCGCGAGUGCGGCCAUCGACGUGCUCGCACUGCAGCCAGUCGGCAUCGAUCACUUCGAAUCAAGUGCGGACUUCGUGACGGAAGCCGUGCGGCGCUGCUGUGGCUACGUCAAGCGCACCUCGGCGGGCGACAUGCUCGGCGUGAUCGAUCCGGCGACGUGGGACCGCGCCAACGUGUGGCUGCUGGGCAGCGCGGCCGUGGAGCAGGCGCGGGCGCCGAUCCUCGAGCCGACGCUCUGGGCACCCGACGCGCGCCUGAUGCUGGGCAGCCGCCUGGCGCCGCAGCUGCUGGCGCAGGCACGGGCGCUGGCGACCCGGGCCGCCGCCCGGCUCGGGCGCCGGCCGCGGCUGUGCGUGGUCACCGUGGGCCCGGCGCCCCUCGGCGCCGGGCACCCGGACGCAGCGAGGCGCCUCGAGGCCCUGGGCAUCCCCGACGCCUCCUGGUUCGACAAGCCCGCGGCGGGCGCGGCCGUCGGCAUCGACGUCGAGGAGCUGCGCGUCCCGGCGGAGGGCGCCACCACCGCGCAGCUGGUCGCCGUGGUUCGCGAGGCGUGCGAGCGCGCGGACGGCAUCCAGAUCAUGUGGCCGCUUCCCGCGCAGGUCAGCGCCGCCGCCGUCUACGCGGCCGUGCCCGAGGAGCUCGACGCCGACGGCUGCCGCUGGCUCUCGCAGAUGGAGCUGGCGGGCGGGCAGAGCGCCGUGCUGAGCGGUCAGCGCGAGCUGCUCCGCAGCGCGCCCGUCACGGCGGCCGCCGUGAUCCGGCUGCUGGAUCACUACGAGGAGCCCAUCGCCGGCCGGCGCGCCCUCGUCGUGGGCCGCUCGCGGCUGUGCGGCGCGCCGCUCGCCUUCAUGCUCGGCGCGCGCGGCGCGCUGGUGACCACCGCGCACUCCCGGGCGGACGCCGCCGACCUGCGGGCGGCGUGCCUGGAGGCGGCCAUCGUCGUGCCGUGCGUUGGGCGCCCCGGCCUCAUCGUUAGAUGUUCGUUCGGGGGGCCUUCCUGGAGCCCACCUGCGGAUGUGUUCGACUCUGGUUCGAGUCUUGUUUGA